AUGAGCCUCGAUCUCUGGACCCACCAGUACUGCCUGGCCUGCGACAAGCAGGUUCACGACGCCGAUGCCUACUGCUCCGAGUCCUGCCGCCUCGCCGACUUUGAGAAGUCGCCCUCAUCACCGUCCUCCCAGGCCAGCUCUCCUGGCUUCGCUCCCUCCUCCGGCCCUUGGUCGACAGCUUCGUCAGCUCCUUCGAGCAGCGGCCGCUACACCUCCCGCGGCGCCUCCAAGUUCUACCUCUCUCCUGCCUACGACUUCAGCAACGCCCAGCCAUACGGCACGACACCCACGGCCAAGCCGCUGCUUGGGUACUACUCAGGACUUCGCUCUGACCGCUUGCCCGCCCAGCCGUCGUCUCUUCCCAUCCGCCAGCUGACGCCCUCGAGCUCGCACAGCAGCCUCUGCUCCAUGCAAAGCAACGCCUCGGACGCCUCCCGACUGUCUGACGGUGUCAAGAAGGAGCUUCAGGCGUAUGCCGUCUCCUUUGAACAGGUCCGCCUGCAACGAAGACGAUCUCAGUAA